CAUUCGGCAGAGGUCGCUCGAACAUAGUCGUGGUGAUGUUGUGUUGAGCCUGCUGGUCUAGCCAAGGGCAGUGUGGAUAAGGGUGCAUCCACAAAGAAGGAGGGACCUGAUCCAACGAGCAAUGGAGAGGAGAAGUCAGAUGGAGACAAAGAGGUAGCAGCGAGGCGGGCCUGUUCCCCCUCUGCAGAGGCGAUGCUAAACGGCACAGAAUGUGACGACACAAGGCACAAAAGCCUGACAACGGGCAACAACAAGACUGCACAGUUGGUAAACGAAAAUGGCAUGUCAGACACGGAGCUACCGCAUGGAUCUGUGACUGGAAGCAAUGGAUUCCUUCUCACUAAGCAGCAGCAGGACGGCAGCGCCGCUGCUACGCCAGGUUUGGGGGUUUCCCCUCACAGGGCUAACUGGUUGCCUUCGGGCUCAUCGUCAGGGGGACACACAACCAAACCCCGCCCUGCCUCACCGUCAGGGUGCGCACAGACUUCAGGUGCACUAAGGACUGCUCGUAGUACAGGAAAUACGUCGGGACAGGGGACAUCAGACACUAAAAAUGGCACCGUUUCGUCCCCUGCCCUGGCUUCAGCACCCGUCACCGUUCACAGAGCACGCAAGACCAUGUCCAGACCUGCUGUCAGCCCGGCACAAAAGCUUCUUAACAGGGAAUUAAGAGAAGCAAAGAGUGCCAAAGUGGAAAAAAUGGAGACUCAGCCUGCGCCUGAUGUGCAGAAACCCUCACAGCAGUCAUCUGCUCAAAACCAUCUACCUCAGAGUCCACCAGAUACGCCAGCUUCAGCACAAAGUGCUACAUCAGCUUCACCAGCACCUCCACCACUUCCAGCUCCUGCAGCUCCUUCAACUUCUCCAGCUCCUGCCCCAGCCAAGCACCAACUAGGCUCUUACUCAGGAGGGUUGUCAUUCCGUAAGAAGAAGAGGAGGAUGGGAACGUACAGCCUGGUUCCCAAGAAGAAAACCAAAGUGCUAAGGCAGAAGACUGUGCUUGAAAUGUUUAAGGACCUGCAGCACUCUGCCAAGAGCCCACAGGCUAAAGAAGUGGAAAAUAUAAAUGGGGAGAAGGUGGGAAAUGGAUCCGAGGAGGAAGAGUCAGAGGAUCUGGAGUCUGAGGAGGAGGAACGACAGCAGCCGGCAGAGGAAUCUGUUGGUGCUGUCCAGGAACCAUCUGAACCAGUUGCUCAGGUGAAAGAUGAUCAGGAGUCUGAAGAAUCUGGAGAGGAAGAGGGAGAGGAGGAGGGCACAGAGUCUGACUUGAGCACAGAAUCUGGUCUGAAGAAGAAGCUGAAAAAGAAAACAAAAGCAGACAGCGCGUGGCUCAGGCCCUCCAGGAAACGAAAAAGGAGGAUGAAGGCCAAAGAUCCGGAUCCCGAUCCAGAGUCAGUGGUGGUUCAGCCUCAGGCUUCAGCUCAGGCCCAGGAACACGAUGGCAAGGAGUACACACAGAUUCUACCACCGGAGACUGCUGACCUCGGCAAGCCUUCACUCAACAAAGACACGUCAGGGUCGGUGGUCGAGGAGGCUCAGGAGCUUCCGCUGUGUAGCUGCCGCAUGGAGACCCCCAAGAGUCGAGAGAUUCUCAUUCUUGCGGACAGGAAGUGCAUGGCAACAGAGAGCGUUGAUGGACAGCUAACUCGCUGCCAGAGUGCUGUGCUAAAACACGAAAUGAUGCGGCCUUCCAACUCUGUUCAGCUGCUAGUUCUGUGUGAGGACCACCGCAACGGCAUGGUGAAGCACCAGUGCUGCCCCGGCUGUGGCUUCUUUUGCAGAGCAGGAACCUUCAUGGAGUGCCAACCAGACAUCAGUAUCUCCCAUCGCUUCCACCGUGCUUGUGCCUCAGUGCUGAAAGGUCAAAGCUUCUGUCCACACUGUGGAGAAGAGGCCAACAAAGCUAAGGAGGUCACCAUCGCCAAGGCUGACACCACAUCCACUGUACCCCCGGCGCCCACACAGGGGCCUGCCACGCCGGGGGCCCCAGAGGGUCGAGCAGAUACCACCACUGACAGCUCUACUUGUCAGGCUGUGGGGGCUGAAGUCAGUGGCAGGGCCGACAGUUCGCUGUCCAUUCGUUCUUCAGACGCACCCGACGCCUCUGCUGUUCCUGGGUCAUCCAGGACGACGCCUCUGCAGCCCGUGAUGGCACCAACAGCCCCGUCCACGCUAACCCCAGGUCCACCCAGAGAAACUCUAGAAAGCAUACUGGUAGCUCUCGACACAGAAAAGCCCAAGAAGCUGCGUUUUCACCCGAAGCAACUAUACCUCUCUGCCAAGCAGGGAGAACUGAAGAAGGUCUUGCACAUGCUGGUGGACGGCAUCGACCCUAACUUUAAGAUGGAAUCUCAGAACAAGCGCACCCCUCUGCACGCAGCAUGUGAGGCAGGAUACAAAGACAUUUGCCACAUGCUUGUACAAGCCGGUGCAAACUUGGACAUGUGUGAUGAGGACCAGCGGACUCCGCUGAUGGAGGCCUGUGAGAACAACCACAUGGAGGUGGUCCUAUACCUGCUGAGAGCUGGAGCCAGCGCCACACACAAGGAUGCUGAAGGCUUCACGUGUCUCCACCUAGCGGCAAAGUCUGGCCAUUACAAGAUUGUUGAGCACCUUCUGUCCUCGGGAGUGAUUGACAUAAAUUGUCAGGAUGAUGGAGGUUGGACGGCUAUGAUUUGGGCCACGGAGUACAAACAUGUGGACCAGGUGAAGCUGCUUCUUUCCAAAGGAGCUGACAUCAACAUCAGGGACAAGGAGGAAAACAUCUGCCUCCACUGGGCAGCGUUCUCUGGUAGCGUGGAGAUCGCUGAGCUGCUGCUGAACGCCAGUUGUAAUCUGCAGGCCGUCAACAUCCACGGAGACUCCCCCCUACACAUCGCUGCUCGGGAGAAUCGCCUGGAGUGUGUCACACUUUUCCUGUCUCGAGGAGCAGACGUGUUUCUGAAGAACAGAGAGGGAGAAACUCCUCCGGACUGCUGCAGCCACAACUCGAAGGCCUGGGCCGCCCUGCAGGCCAACAGGAAGGAGAGGGAUGCCAAGAACACCGGGCUCAGUCGAGCAGAAGAAAAGAUUCUUCACAGGGACAUAGCUCUAGGCCAGGAGAGAGUUCCCAUUCCAUGCGUCAACUCUGUCGACAGUGAAUCUUACCCAGACGACUACAAAUACAUCUCGGAAAACUGUGUCACUUCCCCCAUGAAUAUAGACAGGAACAUAACACACUUACAGUACUGUGUUUGUAAGGAAGAAUGUUCUGCAAGUAUUUGUAUGUGUGGACAGCUCAGUCUGCGCUGCUGGUACGACAAGAGCGGCUGCCUUCUGCCCGAAUUCUGCCGCGAGGAGCCUCCUCUCAUCUUUGAGUGUAACCACGCAUGCUCCUGUUGGAGGACCUGCAAGAACCGCGUAGUGCAAAACGGACUCAGGACCAGACUUCAGCUCUUCAGGACCAGUAAGAAAGGCUGGGGUGUUCGGACACUGCAAGACAUACCACAGGGGACCUUCAUAUGCGAGUAUGUAGGCGAGAUCAUCUCCGAAGCAGAAGCAGAGAUGAGGCAGAACGACGCUUACCUGUUCAGCCUGGAUGAUAAGCCACAAGAUCUAUACUGCAUCGAUGCCCGUUUCUAUGGAAACAUCAGCCGCUUCCUUAACCACAUGUGCGAGCCCAACCUGUUCGCUUGUCGUGUGUUCACAACGCACCAGGACCUUCGUUUCCCACACAUUGCCUUCUUUGCCAGUGAAAACAUCAAGGCUGGAGAAGAGCUCGGAUUUAACUACGGAGACCACUUCUGGGAAGUCAAAAGCAAGCUGUUCAGCUGUGAAUGUGGCUCCUCCAAGUGCAAGUACUCAUCAGUGGCCAUGGCGUCCCUCCAGGCAGACAGCACACCAGAGGACCAGCAGCAGCCCAGUGCAUCGCCUGACACCAGCUCUUCCAAUAGUCCCUCCAGUCCUUCCUAAAACGUUCCUUACACUACGUGUGGCCACAUGUACACAUGAUGUAUGGACAAACAGGGGAGGCCAGUGUCCCCCAUCGCCCUGGAACAUUUAUCAGUGAACUUGUACUGUAUCUCCGUGGUCCACUGACCUUUAUGAGAACUUGUAAAAUGCAUUACACUGAACCAGAUGCACAAUCAAAGAACUAAUUGCUCCUUUAUUCCACCCUGUGUAUCAUGAACAGAAGGGGGCAGCGACGUCACACACAGCACACACCGCAGGAACGACGAAAACCGGUCUUUACGUUUCACGCGUAGCUUUUCUUGGAAGGAGAACUGUUCAUUUUUGUGCAUUUUUGACGUUGUUUAAUGGCUUUUUAAGAGUCAUGAUCGAGGAAUUUGGGGUUGUGUACCACGGUAUUGUUGUCUUUUGCAAAGACAACCUCAGCAUACAGCUGGGUGUUCCUUUUUUGACCUUUGCGGUCUUUUACCACGAACCAUUCCACCAACAUUAGCUGAUAAAUAUUGAAUUCUUUUGCCACGUUUUUGUGUCAUUUCAUCUUCAUUGUAGUGGACGUGCUCCACAUUUUCCACCACAGCGAAAGAUGAUCUGAUAAAUUUACAAAGAAGUGGUGAGAAAAGUGUUUCUUUUUGUUUGUUUUUUUAUUUGCCACUCUAGCGAGUGUUGUCUCGUAGAAAGAUGCUGAUGCAUUCCUCAAAGAUGAGGCGUUUCUAGUCUAAAUAAAUUGGCUGACCUUUUUAUGAAGCAUGUUGAGGGGGUUUGAAAUGUGUCUGCUAUUUUGCCACAGAUGUGGAGGAACUAAUUAAAUGAGGAAGUCAAAAACAAGUAAACGGUGCUGACAAAGGUUUUUACUUUUGUUUUCAUUUUUAUUACACAAGUGAACAUAGUUUGUAAAAUAAGAGAUUGUUUUUAAUUUUUUUUUUAUGUUUCAUUUUAUCUCCAGUUUUAUAAAGGUAGUUACUAUAGUUGGACUUCAAUUUCAUUUCCUGAUUUUCUUGACACAAGCCAACCCGUCAUUUUAAAUGUUGUUAGUAAAGCAGUGACUGUUGUGCAAAGUCUUGAAAGGUAUAAAUGAAAAAAAAAAGGUUAUAAAAAUGCACUUCCAUUACUUUCUGUUACAUAUUUCCAAACCGUGAACCAUCCAUCUGAUUGGUUGUAUCUUUUUCAAAUAAAUUUAAUACUAAUGCA